AUGGAUUUAGGAGAGAGAAGCUCUGAGGUGGCGGUGGGUGGGGGUUCCGACCCUCCUGUUGACCGGCCACCAGAUCGGGGCAAACAACGAAGGAUUACUGAUUUUUGGAAACCUGAUCUUAGGCCGCAGAGACCCCAUUCCCCGGUAUCUGCAUCUAGGAUUGAUCCGAUGGAAUCUCUCGUUGCUAACUCGGUGGUGAGGGAGACAGCUUUACCUGUGGAAGAGGCGACUCUAGCAGACAACAAUGGUCGGAAUGAAAAGAACAAGAAUGAAGGUAAGAAGCAGUCUUAUGCUACAGUUGCACGUAGAACCUUGCCGGAUGUCGAAGAUUUGCCUGAGCCGAUACAUGCAGGAUCCCACACGAAAGUGAUAAUACCACAGGAGGCAUAUGAGAAAAAGCUCCAAUCCUUCACUUAUGCAUUGAUUGGAAGGGUGAAUUUUCGAUUUUUAUCAAUGGAUGAUGUGCGAGGCGAACCAAAGAAAGCCUGGAAUUUGAGAGGAAAGGUCAACCUUGCUCCACUGGGAAAAGGUUAUAUCCUGUUCAGAUUUGAACUGGAAGGGGACAUGGCAUCUAUAUGGAAAAGAGAACAGAUCAAGGUGAAGGGGCGGGUCAUUCGCUUUCAACGGUGGCUGCCGGAAUUUAACAAACAUGAAGAUCACAUCCAGACCAAACUGGUCUGGAUCCGCUACCUUGAACUGCCAAUGGAGUAUUGGCAUGAAAUUUUUAUGCUUUCUAUGGCAAAAGCCUCAGGUAGACCUGUUGCAAUCGAUAAACGAACACUGGCUGGAUCAAUGGGGAAAUUUGCUCGUGUCUUUGUAGAGGUGGAGUUGGGGGGCGACAGGGUGGAGGAGAUACAAGUAGAGAGGAGACAGUCAGAGAAGGAGACGCUUUUCUGGUUGACACAGAGAAUUACUUAUGAAGACGACAUCGGCCGUUGCAAUUUCUGCAAAAAGUUGGGUCACUCAGCGAUGGAGUGCAGGGUGAAGAAGGCAGAUGUGAGAAGAGAAGAAGCCAUGAGGGAAGAAGGGCGGCUGGCCGACUACCAUGGUAGGCUGGAGGAGACGGUGGUGGAAAAACUCGGCAACCCCAGCAACGCUGGGAGUCCUCGUUUGGAAGGAAAUCCUGUCCCUCCCUCUUUUGUGGAAACUUCUUCUAAUAGAACUAAUCAAAAUGGAAGGGCAGAUUUGGUUGACUGCUUGAAUAGAACCCCGACCUACGUGGACCAAGGUAAUUUGGAAGUUGUGCUUCCUAUUACUAACGUUCAGAAUAGGGAUACUCAGAAUCAAUUUAUGGUGGAUAACCCACGUCGGGAAAGUGGGUAUGGAUCUAACCCGGUGAAUUCAGAAUAUGGGUCGGAUGGAUCUCAGGAAUCCAGUGAAGAAGAAACUCAGCUUGGUGAUGAGGGUGACGCCUUGGGAACGUAG